GUAUAGUCCUCGACUUAUGUUUCUCUAAGGAUACAUGUACAUAAUGAAUCCAAAACUCGCUACUAAGCGAGAGAUUCGUCUUGAGUAUCAAAACCGACCAGACUAGACCAAACUGGACUCCCGCACAGCACGUGACCAUGAUCGGCCCAGAUCCACCGUCGCGUCCAGUCCAGUCUAAGUCCCCCCCGUCCCCCCGGGCGCAAAACAAAGCUUCAAACUCCAGUGCCAGUUCUUGCCUUAGGUUUUCAGGUUUCCUUCUCUCCAGUUAACCCAGUCUCACGACCAGGUUGGUGGGAGUGUCCUUUCCUUCCUCCCCACCCCCGAAUUCUCUUUCCUUAAAAAGACGAAGGACAUUUAAGACAAUCAUUCGAUUGUACACCCACCGAUAGAUAACUGACCCAACACUAACACAGGAUUGAUUGUUAUUCCCUUCGGCGCGUCUGGAUCGCUGUGUUUCUCUCGUCCAUCCUCCCCGCCUACUGUCUUUUGACUGGUUGGCUCACACUGUCUCUCAUCAAUUUUGCCUUUUAUUUGAUUUUCUAUUUUUGACUUCUCCUCACACCCCCUCACCUGCCACCCUUUCCUCGCGCAAAUUCCUCCCCCGUAACAAAAAUGCCAGUCAAGAAGCGCAAGUCCGAAGGCGCGCCCGUUGCCGAAGAAAUCAAUUCCCCCAAAAGAGCUGCUGUCUCAGAUCCAACCACUGGAGAGAAGAGGAAGAGAGGCCGCCCUCGCAAGUACCCCGAGGGAAGUGGCCCCAAGCCUCCUCCCGGCCCUAAAAGGGGACGGGGUCGUCCACGUAAGGACCCAUCUACCGCAGGCACUUCUUCGAAACCGAGUACUCCCAAGGAAGGCAAACGGCCGGUUGGACGUCCUCGAAAGUUUCCCUCUCAGAAUGGGACAGACAACUCACCGGCCAGAUCAGAGCAACCCAAAUCCGACUCGGCGGACGCAAAGGACGAAGUCGACGAAGAUGAUUCCGACCGUUCGUAUUGGUUGAUGAAAGCAGAGCCUGAAUCCCGCUUAGAGAAGGGCGUUGACGUUAAGUUCUCUAUCGAUGAUUUGGCCUCGCGUAGCAAGCCGGAACCGUGGGAUGGUGUGCGGAACCCUGCUGCAAGGAAUCACAUUCGAGAAAUGAAGAAGGGUGAUCAAGCUUUCUUUUACCACUCCAACUGCAGAGUGCCUGGGGUUGCAGGCCUGAUGGAGAUCGUACAAGAGCACACACCCGACGAGUCUGCAUUUGACCCUGCACAUCCAUACUACGACGAGAAGUCCUCCCGAGAAGAUCCCAAAUGGGAGGUGGUCCACGUGGAGUUCCGACGCAAGUUUAAGAACUUUGUUUCAUUGAAUGAUCUCAAAGCGCAUGCUAAGUCGGGAGGACCCCUCGAGAACCUCCAGGUGCUGAAGCAGAGCCGGCUCAGCGUUAGUCGUGUUACCAAAAAGGAAUGGGACUUCAUCCUAGAAUUAGCAAAGGAGAAGGAGCCAUCACCGGAGGGGGAGGAGAGCGCGGCUGAAUCUAGCGAGUAGAGGACGACAUGAACUCUCUGUUUUGAUUUUUGUUCAAUUUCCUUUCUCUCCAAUGCGACUCUGAACGAGACUUUCUCCAAGCUCGCCAUGAGCGUACUUGCUUCCUUUUGUACAAUGAACUGGGUUCUUUAUCUGGGUUUUGAGGUGUUCCAAUAAUAUGAAUGGUAUUUCAAUGACUACUUACUGAUCAUAAGUCAAGAGAUGUACAAGGCCCAGUCAUACAUAACCUGGUGACAUUCCUCACCCGGGAUUGUAGAGUGUCGAGACCCCAAGGAACUAACUGUAAGUUGUUUGCAGGGCGAUAAGUCGAGACACCAAUUCAAUCAACACUUGCAGGUAGUUAAGAGAGAUCCGAGCGGGUCAUUGAGGGGGAGAAGGCGGGGAAAGCCGUUCGAUAUACCUUGGUUCGUUUCAUAUUAUCUCGAUACAGAGUGAUGUAAUGGUGAGUGGUGGGUUGCUAAGGUGGAGUAUAGUUAGUAUGGUCUUAACCGAUAUAUAUCGACAAACUUAUUGGAGAACCAUGGAAGAGAACCAUAGUAUUCUAGAACGGGGAGGCUUUC